AUGGAGGAUAACUUAAUGCAUUAACAUCGAGUGGAAAUACAAAUUAUCAUUUUGAAAGCACAAAUAAUAAUUUUGAGUAACUCUUAGAUGUAUGGAGUCGAUUUUUCAUUGACCCUCUUUUAAAAGAAGAAUAACUAGAACGAGAAAUAUAAGCAGUAGAUUCUGAAUUUGUGA